AUGGCUGUUUCCAGAUCCGACUCAGUGUCAUCGUUCAGUACUGCCGGAUCAUCGCAGUUUGUUGAUGCAAACUCCAAAUUUGCCGACGCUGAAUCAGAGAUGCAGAAGCAACCGACAGACUCGCUAUCACACACAGAAGACCAAACCAAGGUUCAAAGUAUAGCGGAUCCUGAAAAGGAACAGGAUACCGAUGCUGUGGCUGAACAGGCUGAGGUGAAAACAAAACAACCGGAACCAGUGAAGGAGCCAAAGGCUUACGUGUCCAAACAGGAGAAGAUCAGACAACUCAGAGAACAAAACCCUCAAAAGGGAUACCAAAGAGAAGAGGGCGAAUGUCACGAGUACGUGUGCUCAAACAACAUACUAGAUGUGUUGGACUUGCCAAAUUGGAAAGGUCUAUGUGGCAGUCUUGGUGUGAUGUGUUGCAACUCGUGUUGCAGCAGCGGUACUUCCUCGGUACAAAAGGCAGCCGUCAGGUAA